AUGGAAGUUGUGUGAGGAGGUGACAUGAGGUGUUAUCCUGUCAGGCUGGGAGCUCUGCUGGCCCUGCUGGCUGUUCUCACCGUCUCCUGGAUCCGCUCGGUUCCGGGGCGUCCAGGUGAGUGGACGGGUUCGGUUCCGGGGGCUCCUGGUCCAAAAACACCAGACCUACAAAACCUGUACAAGCGUCUGUUGGUGGCUGAGGAGCUGGGGGGGCAGGUCAACAAGGAUCUUAGCAGCAUCCUGGAGCAGCUGGUCAACAUUUCCAGAACCCCCAACGUGAGCCAGCCUGUCAGCAACAGCUCCCUUACCAACGUCACCUCCACAGAAGCGGUGAAACAGCUGAGGGCUGAUUUAAGCCACCACAGCUUCACUCAGCCCAACAUCUACCUGUACAUGCCUCACCUGAGGCAGCAUCCUGACAGCCUCAGACCAAACGUAGUCGUGGGGAAGGGACGCAGAGGAGUGUCCAUAGUGUUUGGGAUUCCCACGGUGAAGCGGGAGAAGCAGAGUUACCUCAUCAACACUCUCAACUCUCUGCUGUCCAGCCUGACAGCUGCCCAGAGCCACGACCUCCUCAUUAUAGUCUUCGUUGCUGAGACAGACUCAGAGUACGUGUCAAGUGUGGCUCAGACCAUCACAGACAGUUUUCCUAAGGAGGUGCAGUCUGGUUUGAUGGAAGUGGUCUCUCCUUCGCAGUAUUAUUACCCCAACUUCACCACCCUGAAAGAGACUUUUGGGGACUCCAAGGAAAGAGUCAAAUGGCGAACAAAGCAGAACUUGGACUUCAGCUUCCUCAUGCUUUAUGCUCAGGACAAAGGAACGUAUUAUGUUCAGUUAGAAGACGAUGUUGUUGCAAAGACCGGUUACUACUCCGACAUGAAGGCAUUUGUGACCCAGACUGCUUCAGAUGAGUGGCUCUACCUGGAGUUCUCCCAGCUUGGCUUCAUAGGGAAAAUGUUCAGGACUCGAGACCUCCCGUUGAUUGCUGAGUUUUUCCUGAUGUUCCACAAAGACAAACCCAUCGACUGGCUGUUGGAUCACAUUCUGUGGGUGAAGGUCUGCAACCCUGAGAAAGAUAACAAAGACUGUGACCAACAGAAGGCCUUACUGAAGCAAAGAUACAAGCCAUCUCUCUUUCAGCAUGUGGGGCUCCACUCCUCCUUACCUGGGAAAAUACAGCAGCUGAAGGACAAGGACUUUGACCAGCAGCCGUUGUUCCGGGCCCACAAGAAUCCAGCUGCAGACCUGAGCAGCAGCCUGAAACACUACCAGCACCACAGCCUCAGCAGGCUGUACAACGGAGAAGACUUCCUGUGGGCGCUGACACCGCUCCGGGACGACUACAUCCUCUUCAGCUUCCCCCAGCCCAUCCACAUCUCCGGGUUCCUGUUCCGCAGUGGAAACGUCAAGACCAGUGCAGAUAAAUUUUACAACACCACAGUUGAGGUGCUGCCCGGCAAUGCAGCGCUGAAAGACAAACUCGUCUUUGGCUCCGACUCUAAAUACAAAGAAUCAAAAGACGGCUUCAUUAUUGUCGGUGCGUUUGAGAACGGACUCGCUGAAGGUGAAAUUGAAGCAGGUCUUCAACCGGUCUCGGCUCUGCGUCUACUGGUUCACUCUGACUCUGACGUGUGGGCUCUGCUGAGUGAGGUUCACAUCAGAACGUGAAGAGAAGAAGGAAACCUGAAACUAAGAACUGAAAGGAACCAGGAGUUCCUCAUGGACAAAAAGAUCCUGCAGCCGGACCAAGGCUGUCCUCCUCCAUCAAACACGGGGAUGUUCAGUGUGGCUGGUCUGAGGAGGAGGAGGAGGAGGAGGAGGCCUGUUUCUUCAGCCACCAGUGGAACCAGUGGAACUGGUUCUGAGGAACCAUGAACUGAUAGAACUCUGCUCAUGUUUGGAGAGGAGACAAGUUUUUUCUACCAAAUAAAGAAAUGUACUCAGUGUUGUUGAUUUA